AUGAGGACUUCGCACGCCCAGUGGCACCCGAACUGCCUGAAGUGCACCACGUGCAAGACGCUCCUCAACGUGCGCUCGCUCGAGUCGUACGAGAAGAAGCCCUACUGCGCGGCCCACCGCCCGUCGGCCUCGGCCACCCAGGUCGCCGACGACGUUCACAUCAAGCAGGCCACCUCUGUGCCCAAGGCUGCGGAUCGUGCGGCGGGAGUGGACGUGACGGCCCAGCGCAAGUUCGCCGCGCCCGGCCGCAACGUGCGACUUGACGCCCACGCCGACCGUGCCGCCGACCGCUUCACCAGCGACCGCUCGGCCGACACCGGAGAGUACACCAAGGAGGCGAUGCCUUCGGCGACCAACGCCGGCAUCAGCUGGGCCGACUCGACCCACAAGGCCGACACCGGCGAAUUCGUGAGGGAGGCCUCGGCCUCGCGCACGCAGGCCGGUCACGCCUGGGCCGACCCGUCGCACAAGUCCGACCAGGGCGAGUUCGGCUCGACCCCGGCGGCGUCUGCCAGCUCGGCCGGCGCGACGUGGGCCGACCCCACUCGCCGCCACGACCAGGGCGAGUUCACCUACGACGAGAGCGGCUACGACCAGCAGCAGACCUACGACGACCAGCAGGGCGGCUACACCGAGGGUGGCUACGACCAGAGUGGACAGUACUACGAGGGCGGCGAGGCCGGCUACGACCAGCAGUACCAGGAGGGCCAGUACGCGGAGGGCGGCGAGGGCCAGUACGACCAGCAGUACUACGAGGGCGGCGAGGGCCAGUACCAGGAGGGCGGCUACGACCAGCAGUACCAGGAGGGCGGCGAGUACUACGAGGGCGGCGAGGGCUACUACCAGGAGGGCGGCGAGUACCAGGAGGGUCAGUACCAGGAGGGCGAGUACUACGAGCAGCAGUAA